AUGGCUUCCCAUAAAGGACCAGGUGCUCCUCAGAAGCACGAAGGCUCCUCCCUCCGCAUAGCAAUAAUUCACGCCAGAUGGAACACCCGCAUCGUCUCAUCCCUCGUCUCAGCUACUCGCUCCGCCCUCCUCACAGCUGGUGUUUCUGCAGCAAACAUCAUCACGGAGUCUGUGCCAGGCUCGUAUGAACUCCCCUUCGCAUGUCAGAAGGUUAUUGCCGCCAGCCAGAUCCAAGCCUCUUCGCUUGCAAACAUCGCAGGCAGUAUUACUGCCGGAAUGGCUGGGUUGGGGAGUGCUACGCAGGAUCUACUUGGUGGUGGGGAGAGUAGUUCUGAUUUGACCAAACUUGGACAAGAGGGGCCAGCACCACCGCAGCAUGCAGUAGGGGAAAAGGACGAUGAGACAGCUAAAGGGGACAAGCAGCAGCCAUCAUCACAGCCGUUCGAUGCGGUUAUCGCAGUUGGAGUUCUCAUCAAGGGAGAAACCAUGCAUUUUGAGUACAUUGCUGACGCUGUCUCACAUGGCUUGAUGCGGGUGCAAUUAGAUACAGGCGUGCCUGUUGUCUUUGGACUCCUGACAGUAUUGACCGAGGAGCAGGGGAUGGCAAGGGCGGGGAUGAUUGGGGGCCACAACCAUGGAGAAGAUUGGGGAAAUGCGGCGGUGGAGUUGGGGAACAAGAGGAGGGGUUGGGCAGAAGGGAGAUUUUCGUGA